GAUUUCCAGUCAGGCGCGGCGUGGCAGCCCUUUGUUAAAUAUAGGGGUCCUUACAUAGUUUUCGCUAACAAAGCAGGCCCUAAAAUGUCGGGAGAGGUUUAUCUCCUGUGGCUCUUCUCUUUAAUACAAACGCUGUCGGCGUUCGGCUCCGACCUCACGUCUGAAGCAUGCAGGGAUCUGGGCUUCUCCAGCAACCUGCUGUGCAGCUCCUGUGACCUGCUGGGGGAGUUCAGCCUCACCAAGCUCCAGCCCGACUGCCGGCACUGCUGCCAGCAGGAGGCCCAGAUGGAGGGGCGCAAGCUCUACCCGGGGGCCAUCCUGGAGGUGUGUGGAUGAAAAUUGGGGAGGUUCCCCCAAGUCCAAGCUUUUGUCAGGAGCGAGAAGCCGAAGAAUUUCAAGGGUCUUCAGAUCAAGUACGUGAGAGGCUCAGAUCCUGUGCUAAAGCUUUUGGACGAUAACGGGAACAUCGCUGAAGAGCUCAGCAUCCUCAAGUGGAACACAGACAGCGUGGAGGAGUUCCUGAGUGAGAAAUUAGACCGAAUAUAGACACAGGAGUCCAACUUUUUUUUGUUUUUGUUCUAAGUUAAAGGAUUGAUUCCCCUGAGUUAGUGGACUGUAGCCAUGCUGGUCCUCCCAAAGAUUUGUCUCUGAGAUAUGUGUCCAACUUCUGCUUAAUUGAUAUUUUUCACACAGACACUCUUUUGGAAACAUGUUGAUAAAAAAUCUAAUUCUUAAAAUGUUUGAAUAAAGUGAUAAAACCACCCCUGUUGAGAUUUUAAAGGGUAGAAAUCUAAAGACACUCUUCUAAAAUGUGUGUGUUAAAUCAGAAGUUUAUGUGUGGCUACAGACCACUAGAGGCGAUGUUCUUGUUGUAAUUAAGGUAAUACAGCAAUUUAGUUAUUUUCCUAAUUGUACCCAACUCUGCCUUGAUAGAUGGUUGUUAAAUUACUGCUCUAUAUGACUGUUUUGUAUCUGAAAUCAUGAACUUAUGUCUAAAUUUGACCAAAUAUCAGAGUGUGAUAAGACACGAUAGCAUGGCCUGAACAGAUUACUGACUCAACACCCCAGAAUACUCAUGGUGGGUCCAUGACUUUGAAAAUCAAAUAGUUUCUCAUCUAGCCUUCUGGUUUUCUUGUAUACCUGUUUUUUUUUAUAAUGCUGAAAAUGGUGACUGAUGGGAUUUGUGGUAAAAAAAAAAAAAAGAGUCCUAGUGUCUCUCCACAUGCAGGAGUGUUUGCUGAAACACACAUUAGUGAAGACCUCACAGUAAACCAGCACUGGGAUGUGACGUCUGAUGUACAGGUGUGUUUAUCGGCACCUCCUGCGUCAGAGAGAAACUGGAUUUAUUUUGGAUGUUUGCUUUUUGAAUGAGUGAGGUGACUGAUUAAAUAUGCAACAAUAAACAAAGUCUGAUGGUA